AUGAGCUUAUGUGUACCAUGCAUAUAUGACUUUUUUGAGAUAUUGAAAGAAUACGGGAGCUUAAUGACCAAGCUAUCAAAGGAGAUAGUAAAAGCUAUACUGAAAAGCUUGGGAGAAGAUUUGGAGAAGAAAUCUUUUGAGUCUGAAUUCAGCAACUGUCAUGGUUAUUUGAGAAUAAACAACUACACUCCCCCGAACAGCAUGAAAGAAGAAGUGGACGGGCUAGGCAUGCACACAGACAUGAGCUGUGUAACAAUUGUUUAUCAAGAUGAAAUUGGGGGACUCCAAGUGAGAUCAAAGGAAGGAAAGUGGAUGGACAUAAACCCUUGUGAAGACACACUUGUUGUGAAUAUUGGGGACCUGAUGCAUGCAUGGAGCAAUGGGAAGUUAAGGUCAUCAGAACACAGAGUUGUUUUAAAGAGAAUAGUGAAUCGGUUUUCUCUGGCAUUCUUUUGGUGCUUUGAAGAUGAAAAAGUGAUAUUUGCCCCUAAUGAAGUUGUGGGAGAAGACAACUUGAGGAUCUAUAAGCCAUUUGUUUGUGCAGAUUAUUUGAAAUUUAGACAAAGCAGUGAAAAGGGAAGGUUUGACAAGGUUGGGUUCACCGUGAAAGACUUUGCAGGAGCGUGA